AUGACGUUAUCAAGAUUCGACCGAUUCGAUGGUGAUGACGUAAAAUUUGUGCGACCAUUUGUUUACACUAUGGCGUCGGUGGAUUUCAGAGACAACCUUCUCGGGAUAUCCUGGGUGGACAGCGGCUGGGUGCCAAUUCUUAACCCUGGAAAUGUACUGGACUACUUCUCAGAGAGGAGCAAUCCUUUCUAUGACCGAACCUGCAACAACGAGGUCGUGAAGAUGCAGCGGCUGACUCUGGAGCAUCUCAAUCAAAUGGUGGGGGUGGAGUACGUGCUCCUUCAUGCUCAGGAGCCAAUUCUGUAUAUAAUCCGUAAGCAACAGAGGCAGUCACCAACACAAGUGAUCCCCCUGGCUGACUACUACAUCAUAGCAGGGGUGGUGUAUCAGGCUCCAGAUCUGGGAACAGUUAUCAGCUCUAGAGUGCUCUCUGCAGUCCAUGGAAUCCAGUCUGCUUUUGAUGAGGCCAUGUCAUAUUGCCGUUAUCACCCAUCCAAGGGAUACUGGUGGCACUUUAAGGAUCAUGAGGAGAGAGAAAAAGCCAAGCCCAAGACUAAAAAGAAGGAGGAGCCCAGUUCCCUUUUUCAGAGGCAUCGUGUUGACACACUGCUUUUGGACCUCAGGUCAAAAUUUCCACCAACUUUCUACCAGCCUAAACCUGGUGAUAAGCCUAUUCCAGUUGAGGUGAAGAAGGAGCCCGAACCUCCCACUGAAACCGUAAAACAAGAGGAGAGGGAGCCAGCCACUAAGUCUUCAGCAACUGCUCCGCCUAGUAAACCUCCUCCCGAGAAGAGAGCGAGGCUUCAGUGACGCCACGCUCAUACCACUGUACAAAGAUGGAGAAAUGAGAGAAAGUUCUCACAGCAUUUCCAAGAUGAAUCACUUUCCUUUCAAAAUGUUUAUGUUUCCCUUUCAAAACUGCUAAGCGGCCUGCUUCCUUGAGCUGAACUGCCAUAAAUGUGUCAGUGGUUUUUCUUCAUUCCUCUACACUUCGUUCUUUUUUUAUUUUUCAGACACUUUCAUUUAAGUACAGAUCAGCCAGCUGCACAGAGAACAGAGGUUACCAGCUUGAUGCCAGCAGGAUUUUCACUGUGGAUGGAGUUUUUCCGAUGAUAAGCUGACGUAACCUUUGGUGUCGGUUUACGGCUGACGGCAGCAUUAUGGUUGGAAUGACUAGAGCGGACAUUUAACGCUCUGCCUGCCUUGCAGGAGGAUGCAUCAAAGCACCAUCUCAUUUUUAUUGCAAAAAGCCCCUUGACUUAAGUUUUUAUUAUUUACACACACUGUCAUCAUUUUAUGAAAGAAAUACUGUACUUUGUUUAGUUUUUUUUUUAGAAAUACAAUAUGUAUAUCUGUUUUGUAAUGACUGGAUUUUUUUUAAACAUGAAUCACAUUUUUUUCUUUUUAUUUUAAUCUACCGGAGGAUUUAUUUUUGGAAGAGUUCCUGACAAAUUCAAAUUUACAAAUCCUCCUUUAAAAGUUUAAAGUAAGUUUUUGUCUGUUGCACUUUUGCAAAAAUGAUGGAAUCAUCAGGAUGUUCAUUUGGCAUUUUCAUUUUUUGAAGAAUAAAAUCAACAAAACAGA